AUGCUGCUAACGCUCCCUUAUCUCCACUUGACAGAGGGUAUUCCAUUUUGGGAAACUGUGGAACGCUUCAACGCCAAUGUUGCCUACAGUGGGCUCGUGCAUGCAGUGACUCAAGAUGGCGUCUUCGCCGAGAACAAGGAGAAGCUCAUCAAAGAUGCCCUUACCGUCCUUCUAACCAGAUGUCCCAGCAACGCAGUGAAUGAUAACUUUUGUGAUGCAGGUCUCACUGAUCAAGAAAUUUAUCUGCAAAAAAUGGAAUCACGGUUUCAUGCCAUUCGCCGCCUCUUUGCGUCAAAGGCUGGGUUUCAAUCCUUUACACAACUUCCUGGAAUUCGGGAAAAUCUUGGACGCGCCGUUGUCUCAGCGUUGGCCAUGCAGGAUGAUGGUCUAACACAUGUGGUCGUAGAUGCCGUCAACGCCUUGAUGCAACCCAUGCAUGCAUCACCGGACCUCCGACAGGAACAACUCAACAAAACCUCAAUCAUGUCCAGUUCUGUCUUCAUGGCACAACUAGUCAACGUCUUUACCCUGCAUGCCCUUCGAGGAACCGGUUCGCUUGUAAUUACUGCUCUGCUCGACUUCUUCACCUUCGCCAUCUGUCAACCCUACUCAGAGACCUCCGAAGGCGAAUCCUUUGAAACCCUGCUAGCUCUGGUGGCUUCGCGUGGACGGGCCCUCUUUCGUCUUUUCUGCGGCGCGGGGCUGGUAAUGCGAGCCCUCAUUGAGGAGGCACCGGACGUGAUUGUGGCCGAACUGCGACAGAUGUCUCUCGCAGAGGGUGCCUUGCUUCAACACCUCUCUACGGCCUGUUUCUCUAACUGUUCCCGUGAUCCUCGGGGUCUGGUGCUUCGGCAGUUGAGUCGUAUUCUAGUGACUCUGUGGACCGAGAACAACAUCCCUGCGCAGGAUCUUUUGCGGAGGAUAUUCCCCGAUGGUUUACUCUGCUAUCUCGAUUCCCCCGAUGUACCUCCACGGGAAGAGAAGGACCAUCUCUAUGUCCGUGACAAUCUCAUGCUAGCUCAGGAGCACAUGAUGCGUGUGCAAAGCAAGAAAAACGAAACCUUGUACGUCCUGCAGGAGAAGUUGGACGGCCUUCUGCAGCAUUGGCGGACCAAAAUUGGCCUCCAGGCCAAGCCGCCAGCUGCGCCUGUGCUAGAGGAGAAACCGGUCGCCCUGCGUCUAACUCGAAAAACUCGCAUGAAACUCGGUACAAACGAUACCACCGUCAAUGGGGUACCACAGACGCCUCCAAAGCAACUCAAUUGGCCCAUGUUUUAUUACCAGUUUAACGAGGAUCAUGCCAAGCCUGACCUCAUAUGGAACCUUCGAGUACGUGAACAUCGCCGGCGUUUUAUGUUGACCCCCUUGCAUGUUUGUUAUUCCUUUUUAGUCUUCAGAAUCUAUCAUUUUGACCUACCUGAACGAUAG